AUGUCACUACAUACGGGCAGCCAGGCCUCUCAGCCAGGCCUCUCAGCCAGGCCUCUCAGCCAGGCCUCUCAGCCAGGCCUCUCAGCCAGGCCUCUCAGCCAGGCCUCUCAGCCAGGCCUCUCAGCCAGGCCUCUCAGCCAGGCCUCUCAGCCAGGCCUCUCAGCCAGGCCUCUCAGCCAGGCCUCUCAGCCAGGCCUCUCAGCCAGGCCUCUCAGCCAGGCCUCUCAGCCAGGCCUCUCAGCCAGGCCUCUCAGCCAGGCCUCUCAGCCAGGCCUCUCAGCCAGGCCUCUCAGCCAGGCCUCUCAGCCAGGCCUCUCAGCCAGGCCUCUCAGCCAGGCCUCUCAGCCAGGCCUCUCAGCCAGGCCUCUCAGCCAGGCCUCUCAGCCAGGCCUCUCAGCCAGGCCUCUCAGCCAGGCCUCUCAGCCAGGCCUCUCAGCCAGGCCUCUCAGCCAGGCCUCUCAGCCAGGCCUCUCAGCCAGGCCUCUCAGCCAGGCCUCUCAGCCAGGCCUCUCAGCCAGGCCUCUCAGCCAGGCCUCUCAGCCAGGCCUCUCAGCCAGGCCUCUCAGCCAGGCCUCCUGCGCAGGAGCAGCGUAG